AUGAAUGUCACCGAGAUCACCACGAGCUCUUCGUCCGCCAACGAAGCUGCUGAAGUAGAAGAUCUCACCUCGCAACUUGCCGAUCUUGAUACUACCGAAUCGAAGAAUAACUUUUUGCUAGAAACGAAUAGCGAGGUUAAUAUCGUAAGAAUUCACGAAGACGAGCCUUUACUCUCUGUGAAGAAAUUUGAGGAAUUGAAUUUGGAUCCUAACCUGUUAAAGGGCAUCUACGAAAUGGGCUUCACCGCACCUUCAAAAAUCCAAGCGAAAGCAUUGCCUUUGCUCAUCAAGUCUCCAGAACUGGCUCGUCAAAUUAUGGUGGAAGUCAAGAAAAUGGCAAAAUACACAUCGGUAACAACCGCCGAAGCCAUCCGGGAUUCCAACACGAACACGAGGAUUGGAAAGAGUAGGAAUGAAAUGUUUAAGGAAGCUCAACUCAUUGUUGGCACCCCGGGCACGGUUUAUGAUUUGAUCAAGAGACGCUAUCUCGAUCAGAGGCACAUGAAGAUCUUUGUUUUGGACGAAGCCGACAACAUGCUGGAUCAACAGGGAUUGGGCGAUCAAAGCAUAAAGAUAAAAAACAUGAUGCCCCGUGAUUGUCAGAUCGUCCUUUUUUCGGCCACGUAUAAGGAACCGGUACGAGCUUUCGCCGGGAGAUUCGCGCCCAACGCAAAUGAAUUUAGUCUGAGAGUGGAGGAAUUGUCGGUAAAGGGUAUCAAGCAAUUCUACAUGGAUUGUAAAGAUGAAGAACACAAAUUGGAGGUGUUGAAUGAACUAUAUUCCCUGAUGACAAUCGGAAAAAGUAUUAUUUUCGUUGAGAAACGAGCUUCCGCCGAUAGGAUCGCCAAAUGUAUGACAGAUAUUGGUCACAAAGUUAUCAAUCUCCACGGUGGCCUUUCAACAACCGAACGCGACGAGGUGAUGGACGGAUUUCGCAAAGGCAGCGCUAAAGUAUUGAUCGCCACGAAUGUGCUCUCGCGUGGUAUCGAUGUUAUGGAGGUUAACCUUGUGAUCAACUUCGAUAUCCCCCUCAAAAAGGAUGUAAGAGGGAGAAGCGAGCCCGACUACGAGACGUAUCUACAUCGCAUAGGGCGUACGGGUCGAUUCGGCCGUGAGGGCAUCGCCAUUAACUUGGUUUCGGAUAAGAUUAGCUGGGAGAUUCUCAAGGACAUCGCGCUCUAUUACGAGCGAGAGAUUGCCAAAAUUGAGAUAGAUGACUGGGAUGCGGUCACAAAAUUCUUGCGUAAAGAAUUUAGCUCGAUAAAUAAAAGUUCUUAA